GCCAUGGCAACGCGGCGGCGCCAUGGGUCCAAAAAAGCAAAAAAAGUCCAGUGGAAAGAACAAAGUUGGCAAAGCUGAAAAACUGAGAUUACAGAAAGAAGAGGAGGAAAGGAGGCUGAAAGAGGAAGAGGAAGCCCGACUGCAAGCUGAACAAGAGGAAGCAGCUAGACUUGAAAAGGAGAGGAUUGAACGGGCGCGUAUGGAAAAGCUUGAGGCAAAAGAUCAAGAACGAAGGGAAGUUGAACUAGCUGAACUUAAUUCACUGGAAGAGAAGUUUGUGUGUGCACAAAGGUGGAAAACAGAAUUUAGAGCUUAUACAAAGUGGGAACAUUAUAUUGCUUGUGAUGGAAAUCCUGACCCAACUGUACUGCAGGAAAUAAAUACUUUCAUGAACCUAUGGCGCGAAGAUCAAAAUAAGGACAUUCAAUCUGUGAUGGAGAAGGGAGAACAGGUGCUAAAUUUAAUUGAGAAGUUGCAGUUUCUUUUGUUGGACACACCACCAAGUGAGAUUACUGAAAAAGAAACAGCUCAAUACCAGGAAACGAUUCUGGAAUUGGAGGAUCUUCUUCAUCAGAAGUAUAAUGAAGCAACAGAACAGCUGCUUAAAUCAGCUAUUAUGUAUGAAGAUUCUGACACCGGAAAUAUGCAGACAGUCAUAAAGGAUAAAAAUGUUACUUUCUGUAUUUGGGCCAAUCUGAAGAAGAAAGCAAGAUUCAAGAAUCAUGUCUUCUGUGACACACAUCAUGGAUUUGAUCUUCCAAAGUCACUGGCUGUGAGCAGCAUUGCUGUUCGCAUAUUGCACACCCACUAUGACCACAUAUCUCCACUUUGGCUGCAGUGCCAGAGAGUGCCAAGAUUGGAAGUCUUAGAUAGCGAAGAGUUGACUCAGCAUUCACAAGACAAUGCAGGAGAACCAGAAGAGGAAAAGGAAGCCAGAGAGGAGCCCAAAGUACAGAGUACUACUGAAGAAGAAAUGCUUCCUGUUGAGAGAAAUAGUGCUAUUUCACUUAGAAGAAAUACAAAUAGCAUAACUGAUAUAAAUAAGGUGAUAGAAGAAGAAACUGAGAAGAAAUCAGAAUGCUUUGAUAUACCACCAGAAGUUCAAAUUCUACAGAUGCAGGAAAAGACCAGUGAAGAAGAAGAGAUGAUAACUGAUGAAAACACUGUUGAUUUGCAACAGUUUGUCCCUGUGGGUGGUGUAUACCACAUCGAUGGGCUACAACUUCCACCUCAGGUCCAGCAAAUCAACAGCUGGAGUGUGGUGGAGUUAAUUGAUAGUGGCUUGGAGGCAUACCCAUAUCCCCCAGAAAAGUCUGAAGAUACCACACAUCCACCAAUUCAGAUAACACUUGGACUUCCUGACAGCGUGAUCUACUGGAAGGAACCUGUGGUAGGCCGGUGGGAUCCUGCAGGCCAACAGUGGAGAACAGAUGGCAUCAACAACAUAACAUACGAAAUACAGGAAGAAAUCAUCACUUUUGAGAUAGAUGCCUUUUAUACAAUAGCAUUUCUCCAGGACAUUCAUCUCAACAUGCCCUAUCAGGCAUGGGAAUUGCGACCCACCAGUACAGAUGAAGCAGUAUUUGUAAUUACUACAGUCUUUGCAGAGGUUCAGAUGCAAAUUAAGGGUAAUCAAUGUAUGCUGGCUGCAGUAGUGGUGGAAGAGAAGAACGUGCUUUCCCAUUUGAUUGGACAAUGGAUGUGCCCAGUCACCUUAAGAAGAGCUUUGAAGAAGAGUGGUCUGAAUAUUUUCCCAGAAGAGUAUUCAUACAAGUAUGUCUGUUUGAAGAAAAAGGCUCCCCUAACAGAAUUUAGGGCAUAUCAACAAAUGGCUCUGGUUGCAUCUGCUUUUGCUUUUGGCUGGAGCAAGUGGAAUCUGAAAUCAGGUCAAGAUCAAGUAGUGUUCAAGGUUUGUAGCAUUAGACCAAGUUUCCAGGGACAAACCAGUAUAGAAACAUACCACACAAAAGCACAGAUGAUGGAAGUUGUUUCUGUCUCAGUCUUCAAGCCCUGUCCUGAUCUAUAUACACAGGACAUCAGUUCUAAGAUUUCAGGUUGGCUAUUUAAGGUAAAAAAAACAAACAAACAAGAGCACAUCUGUGUUCUGCAGAACUUCAAAGCCUGCUUCACAACUCCUGCAUUUGUUAGGAACAAGCCUGAGAGCUGUAAUGGUUCAAUUCUCAACAACAAAGGCACUUACUAAUGUGCUAAGAGGUACAGCUGAAACAGGCCAGCUACUAGGGCUUCAGCUGAGGCUAGGAGACACAGGUAGAUGAUUUUUCAUAAAGUAACCUAUAAGAAGGUCCUCUGAAUUACCAUCCAGUUAAUACCUAGAAGCUGCUUCUCAGCUUCAUAGGUGUUUUCAUUUGUUCUGUACUGUAAAGAAGGGAACACAACUUGAUUUGUUUCCUCACUGAAUGGCACAUACUUAAAACUUCUCCCAGACAGAGAAAUAUCUCCAUUUCUAUCUGUAGGUAUAGAACAUACUGUUGAAAUGCUGAGAAGUUCUCCCACCCUUGAGUUAACAUUUGUAUGAAUGUCACAUGCCUUUAAGCCCACUACUUAAUCUAAGCAGAACAGAAAUAAAAUGAUGCCCAUUGCAGCUAGCUAUUCUUUAUGUAUGAGCCGGAACAUCAAGAAAAGGCAGUGACCAAUACUUGCAGUUUACAGAGGCAAACCAUGGCGUUGAUGUUAUUCUACACAAUCAUUUAGGUAAAGACCUAAUGUUACAUUGAGAGUUCAAAAAAAGCCACUGGUUUUCUGUAGUAAACUCAAACACAUACUAGAAUUAGUCCUCUGUCAGCUUUAUCUUACAGCCCAUUUUUUCCUGCAUCAGGUAAGUGAACAUCUUAAAGCAGAUUUUGUCAAAGAUGAAGACUGGUCUCUUUACAUGUUUAAUGGUCAAAGAGCACAGAAGCUCAAGAUCACU